AUGAAAUAAUCCUAAGUUAACAAAUUUUUCACAAAUUUAGCAGGAUGCUAAUUAGUUUCUAAUAUUGGAUCUCCAACAACAACUGCUCCCAGUAAACACAAUAAAAAUGCAAGCUCUACAAUUUCAAAUGGAAAUAAAUAUUUAGUUUACUCUAAACGUACAUCUCGUCUCCUUUUAGACUCAACUAAAAAACUUCCUGUUUUAACUACUGUUAUGAAGACAGAAACUUAGGAUACUCCAAAAACUGCAACAAUAAAAAUGAGAAAGGCAAGUGGAAAUUCAGGAGACUUUCGCAUUAUACAUUAACAUUAAAGAAAUAAAACUGAGACUCUUAUCAUUUCUAAUAACAUAAAUAUAUCUAAAAUGGAUUCUCCUAAAGAAAACUUUGAAGAAGUAGAGUAACUAUAUGUAUAACAAAAUAUUUAACAUACAGCCACAAUUCCAACAUUAAUACCCCAUGCUGUUGAUAUUCAGUAGUCAUCUUUAACAUCAAAUAGAAGUGAAAAUAUUAAUCAUUAAGUAUAACCAAAAGUUUAUCCUGUUUAAGUAUUAGGAGAAGCAUAUGAAUUCUCAAAGAUUCCAAAAAUAUGUUCUAAAAUAAAAAGAAUAUAGAUUUAAUAACAUUUUACAGAAAUUGAAUCCUUAAAUGAAAAAAGUUGUCAUUUAAUGAGGAAAUUAAGAUAAAUGUUACAUACUCAUAGAGAGAAAGAGAAAUUAUAAGAAUUAGAAAUGAAAAAGAAAAAAGAAUAAUUAAUUGAUAGAUAAUUUUCAAAAACAUUAAGUAAUAUGCCAGAUGAAAGAACACCUAAAGCUAUUGAAUCUAAAUUUAAUUUUAAAUUAAGUACAAUUACUAAAAAAUAAACUAAAAUUCAUCCUAAUUAUAGUAUUUAAGAAACUGAAUCAUUUUUACCAAUUAAAACAAUUAUUGAUGCUUUAAAAGAAAAAAAGGAUGAUAAAAAAGAAAAAUUAUAAAUUAUUUAAUAAAUUUAAAAAAAAAAUAUCAAAGUAACUGUUGCUUUUGAAGAAAAUGAAAAAUAAAUUGAAUUUUAAAUGCCAGAUUAUAUGGGUGAUCUUCAAUAAAGUUAAAUUUAAUAGACAGAAAUAAAGGAUAAUAAAUAAUCAAAUAUUUAUUCAUUAGUCAGUAAAUCUAUGUUAUAAAAGUAAAUAUUUUUAAUUUUUAUAGUAAAUUUGCUUUGAGAUUAGUUAAGAAAUUUGGAGAUAAAGUAAUUAAAACUUAAAAGGAUAAUGAUGCUAUUGAAAAUUUUAAUUCAUUUAAAGCUUCUUAAUUUACUAGAUAUUAUUUAUAGAAUCAUGCUUAAAAAUGUUUGGAAAUUAGAUAUGAAAUAAAAUAAGAAAAUGAAGAAAUUUAAACAUUUUAAAAAUACAGUUUUUUAAAUAAAAAUUAUUAUUCUGAAACAAUUUAAGAGAACCAAAACAAAAGUAUUAUAUAACUUCCUUAAUUUCAUGUAACUAUUUUUUCAAUUUAAGAAAGACUAAUAUAAAACAUAAUCAGAUGUUGAGACUUCAUUUUAUUCUAUUGGAUAACAUUUUGAAGGACAUUAAAGUGAUAAUAGUAUUUUAAGUCCAAAUAUUUCUUAAUUAGAUAUAAGUGAUAUAGAAAUGCAAACAUAAUUCAAAAUUAAUUAUAUCUAUUAUAUGUUAAAUUUAAUAUCUCCAAAUGAUAUAAAAUAAUAGAAAUUAAGAAUUAUUGUUAACACUAUUGAUGAUGAAACUAAAAAUUAAUUAUUACAUGAAGAACUCUUGAGAUUUCCAUUAAUCAAAAGUUUAGAAAAGAAAAUAAAAAAUGAUCCUGAAAAUAAUUGUAUUUUAUUUAUUAUUAAAUAGAGAGUUAUAAAUUCUUAAUGAUUUAGAGAUACAAUUAUUAAAACCAGAUUUAACUAUUUUGUAAAUGUAAUUUUCCAUUAAAUACAAUCAUAUAUUAACAGGAUAAUUUGAAGAUUAUCGAUAUCAUUAAGUGACUUAAAUGGAAAGGAUUUAUGUUGAAUAUUGUAAAACUCAAUAUGAUCUAGAUUCAGCUAAAAAUAUUGAUAGAUAACUUACAAAUUUAAACAUUCCUUAAAAUUCAAGAAGCAGACUUGCUUCUCCAAUAGGAUCUGUAUCAUAUAUUUUUUAUUUCAGAAUGAAUCAAAAUUUAACGGAAAAGAGAUCAAUCCAUUAUUAGCCAAAGGAAUGAUGUUAAAAAAGAAUUAGAAAUAAAAGAAUCUAUUAGCUACUUAGAAAUUUUCUUCUUCUCAAAAUAUUAUAUACAAAAGUUCUCGUAAUUUAUAAGCUUUAUUACAUGCAAACACUAAUUCAAAUCAUAAUAUCUAAUAAAUGUAAAGUUCUCAUUAAGUUCGAAUAUCUUAAAAAGAGUCUGAAUAAUAAACUAAAUCCAAAAGUUCUCAAAGACUUAUAUCAAUCAAAUCCAAUUUGAUUACACAAUAAUCAAUGGAUCCUUCAUCAUUACUUUUCAGAAGUAUGUUAUUAUAAGAGAGCUAACAAAAUGAUAAAUCAAACAUUGAAAGAGCUUUCUCUUUAAUAGAAGAUCAUCGAUUAUAAGACCUUAAAGACUUACUGAAUCAUGAUUAGAAUAUCAAUUUAAAUACUAAAGAUUAUAAUGGGAAUACAUUUUUGAUACAAGCAGCAAGAACUGGAGCUUUUGAUAUAAUAUAAUACCUUCUUCGUAAAGGGGCAGAGAUUACUAUAAAGAAUGUAUAAUAUUUAAUUGAAGUAGAAUGAUGGGUUAAAUGCUAUACAGAUAGCAAUCAUUCAUUUAUAAUUUGAGGCGGCAGACGAAAUUAAUAGAUUUAGUAGAUCAAAUUCUUUUAUAUCCCAUUGA